AUGAUGACCAGUUGUGGCCAGCAGUCCUUGAACGUGCUCGCUGUCCUCUCGUUGCUGAUUUCUGCAGUCUUGUCCGCGCACUUCCGAGUCUGUGAGCCAUACACGGACCACAAAGGCCGCUAUCACUUCGGCUUCCACUGCCCCCGGCUCUCGGACAACAAAACCUUCAUUCUCUGCUGUCACCAUAACAACACGGUUUUCAAAUACUGCUGCAACGAGACAGAGUUUCAGGCGGUGAUGCAGGCGAACCUCACGGCGGGGUCCGAGGGCUACAUGCACAAGUGA